AUGGCUCCUUCGCCGGAAUCCCUCAUCUUUCAUCGAGCCCCAUCGGUCGAAGGGGAUGCUCCUCCUGCAGGACCGAAUCCCGACACCGUCGAAGCGUUCGUGUAUCUCGCGCUAGUUGUGCUUCUUAUCGGAUUUCGAAUAUUCUGUCGGACAAGAGCCAUUGGGAUCAGCUCUUUGGGGCCGGAUGACUACCUUAUGAUCUUCAGUAUCUUGCCACUCGUCGCCGAGACAAUCGUCCAAUAUAUCACCGGUACGGAAUUUCAUGGUCUAGCCAACAGCGCCAUGACGGAUAGCUACCGGCUUGGGAUUGAGCCAGGGAGUCAAGAAUGGAUAUGGAGAGUUAAUGGUACGAAGACAAUUUUGGUUGGAUGGAUAAUGUACACCACCCAGAUAUGGAUGAUCAAGGCGUCAAUGUGCACAUUUUACCUGCGCCUUACGGUCGGCCUUGAAGGAUACAGAAAUCGAAUACUCAUCGGACUUGGCAUAAUCGUUGCGUCUUACAUCGCUGCCAUAUACACAAUCUUAUUCACCUGCAUGCCCUUCCAGAAGCACUGGCAAAUCUUCCCGGACCCAGGGAAUUUGUGUAUGCCUGCUAUUAAUCGGGUCGUCAUUUAUACUUGCCUUGCUCUCAAUAUCUUCAGCGACCUCUACCUCUUCAUGAUUCCCGUUCCCAUGUUCUGGGCGGCAAAGCUCCCGCCAGCCAAGAAAUGGGGUCUGACAGUUUUGUUCUCCGGUGGCAUCGUUAUCAUUGUUUUUGGUAUUCUGCGAUGCGUAUCCAUCUUGAAGGAUGAUUCCGAGGGACCAAGAGAAGGUACCAAUUGGGCUCUGAGAGAAUCAUUUGUUGCGGUCGCAGUCACCAACUUACCCAUGACCUGGGGCUGGCUCAAGGUCAAGCUUCGCCCAUUCCUGGGAUCUUUCCUGUCGACACCUCGAACCAAAGCAACCGGCUACGGAAGGACUGGCAAUGGGGGCGGGAGUGUGAAGCUGGAUGACAUGUCAGCCUCUGGGAGGUGGCGGGACCAACAGAAGCAAAAAAACAAGUCACUCUCCUCGAGCCAGCAAAACAUGACCCCCGGAGGACUCACAUUCCUAUGUGAGACGGACAGCAAUGAAGAGGACAGUAUAAGGCCGAUGAAUCAUGGGUCCCAUGGCAUUGUGAUGCAGGUUGAGCUGAAAGUGUCGUCAGAAAGGAGGUCGCAGCUUGAAGACGGUAUCAAGGUGAGCGAGACACCGCCAGUGCCUGACAGUUUUUCGCCUCCCGACGAGCCUGAUGUUAUGAAAUUAAAAUGA